AUGAUCAAGCUUCUCCCACCUACGUACAUUGAAGGUUUAAAUUCGUGUUGGUUGAGAGAAUGUAGAUAUCCAGAUGGUUGGAAAAUAGCCAAGUUCGUUAUACUAAAUAAAUUAAAAGCAGGAACACCUACAUGUGAUCAGACUCGGCCGAUAUCUUUGUUAGCUACACAUUCAAAAAGUUUUGAGAAGAUCGUGUUAGAAAGAGUGAAAAAUUGGGCAGAUGCAAAUCACAUUAUUCCGGACGAACAAUCAGAUUUUAGGCCGAACUGUUUACUGCCGACUCGAGUAUUAUCAAUAUUUCAAGAAGUCGAGAAUAAUUUCGCUGCUAAUAUUCCCACGUUAGCUAUAUACGUGGAUUAUCAAAAAGCCUAUGACAAUGUAUGGCAUAUGGCUCUUAUUGUAAAACUAUUUAGGUUAGGAAUGCCAUUAGGGCUGUUAAAAAUUGUUCAUUCCUGGUUAAGCGAUAGAAAAGCGUAUGUUAUCUUAGGCGAUAUGAGAUCUAAGGCUUUUUAUUUAUACAUAGGUUUGCCACAGGGCAGUAGUUUGAGUCCGUUUCUAUUCAUUGUUUUUCAUAGCGAUCUGAUCUCUUGUAUAGGCGCGCAUGCAGGACAUGUUUUUGCCGAUGAUCUGAAUGUCUUAAUAAUUCCACCGAUAAAUAAAAAAUUAAAACCAAUGUUAGAAUAUUUAGAAAAAGAAGGAACAAAAGUGUGUAAUGAGUUAGCGGGCUAUUCCAAACGUUGGAAACAGCCAAUAAAUGUCGCAAAAACAGUAAUACAACUUUUUCAUACUUUUUCAUACACAGGUCACACGUCCUCACAUAAAUAUUUUCAUGAAUAAUAAACGAUUAGAACAAGUUAAAGCCUUCAAGUAUUUAGGUUUCACUUCGACAGAAAAAUUAUCGCUGAGAUAUACCGUAAGCAGUUGUUUAAAAAAUGUACAAAGAUCCUAUGGGAAACUCAAGUGGUUAAAAAAUAACCGGGAAGUGUCCACUAAUGUACUGCGGCUUUGUUUCUUUGCAUACUCAUUUCCGUAUUUCGCUUGGAUGUUUCCGUUUUUUCCUUUCCUCCCUCAGUCACAGAAAGAUUUAUUUUUUAGAAAAUUCGGAGUCGGUAUUCGCCUCAUACACCGAUGCCAUCUCGUUUCCAGUAAAAAUCUAUUCUCAUUUACAAAAGAAAAUGAUCUAAUGUUUUAUGUAAAAAAAUAUUUAAAGAAAAGGCUGGAUAGUAUGUAUAAAUCUGAUCUCGUUUUCUCACUUUUCUAUAAUGAUGUUUUUUAUUGGAACAAUUUUAAAAAGAGAAAAAAAGAUGGAAUGGGCCACUUUUUUCAGCAAAAACGAGUAAAAAAUAAAAUUGAAAAACAUGAAUCAUAACUGCUGAAAUGGCUGACUUUAUUGGAUAAAGAUAAUUUUUUUUUUCUUUUCCUUACUGUUUCCUUCGUGUUUAUUUUUGCCUAAAAUGUAUCCCUGUAAACCGUUCUAGUACAUAUGUUAAUGAUGUCCUCUGCUGGUGAGAAAAGAAAGUGUCUUUUUAUAUUUUAUUAAUUUUAUGUAACUAAAAUGUUGUAAUGGGUUCAACUAUAUCUUUUUUCUUUGGUUCCUUUUGUUUGCAAGCGCUUCCGAGUGUGGCAAUAAAGCAUAAUCAAGAAAAAAAAGCCUAUGUAUAAAAUGCGUUUUUUCUCGAAAACUAUGUUUUUCCCACCACGCUUCAUUGUGCCACAUGACGACCCUCCUUAAACUUCAUCUGAUCGAGUUCAAAAUUUUACCAGAGGUACUCAAGACACUAUUAUAGGGCUAUUUUCCUGGAAUGUUUGUUUAGACUUUACCGACUUACAGGGUUUCUAAAGUUGAAAAACGUGGUUUUCGAAACGUUUUUCAGUAUUUUUCCUAUAACUCGACCAGGAAAGGUCGCACAAAGGUAUCCCAAUAAUUGCCUCUGCGGAAUGAACUUGAGUACCUCUGAUAAAAUUUUGAACUCGAUCGGAUGAAAUUUAAGGGGGCUCGUAUGUGACACAAUGAGAAGCCGAGUUUUCUGAAAAACUGGUGAAAACUUCAAACAAAAGCGAAAGUGCUCCAUUGAGUUUCCAACCAGUUCUGAAAAUACAAAGCCCUAGCGACUUUUAGUUUAUAUUUCACAGCAUUUCUACGGAAAGCCCAAAAAGAAUGGCGGGGUACCCUUAAGGUCAAAGUCGACAGUCGUGUCGAGUGUAUUCGAAAAACAAUUUUCUAACAACCAUGCGCGUCCUUUAUUUCUCAUAUGUUCCCUUAUCUGUUUGAUAUGUGCUUCAACGACUGAACUUGAUCUUACUGUGGUAUUCCUAUUUAAAGCUUCUGUACACUGUUCUGGAAAAAUUACCAUCUCUGAAGAGAUCCGUUGGGUUUCAAAUUUAAGCUAAGGCACUCCUCUGCAGAGUGACAGAUCGCACCGGCGUGUGCUACAUCAUAUUAAAGAGUAUUGAGUUCUCUACAAUUGUUACUAGACGUACACAUUUAAAAGUAUAGUUUUUUAUUACACUUAUAUGAAGAGACGACUGAAAAUUCAGUUAAAGGGGGAACCUUCUUUCCAGCAUAUCUAAAGAACAGCUUAUUCUGGAGCCGCGAUUUUUUAGGCGUGAAUAGAUCUUGAGGAGUUAAGAGAAAGUUGUGAUUGAACUAUCUCUCCAAAAUGCUUCCUUUUAUUUUUAUACUUUUCAAUCUAACUCAUCGACAAACGUUUCUUUUCAUCUUAAAAAAGCUUUUAAACU